UGGAUCCACUCCAUCCGCGCCACCUGCGCCUCCAACUCUGGCCACCCCACAUCAUGCUGCAGUGCUGCAGAGAUCAUGUCCGUCCUCUUCUUUCACACCAUGCGCUACAGGCCCCAGGAGCCAGGCCACCCCAGCAAUGACCGCUUUGUGCUCUCCAAGGGCCAUGGACCUGUGCUGUAUGCUGCAUGGGCUGAAGCUGGUUAUAUCAAAGAGCCAGAACUUCUGAAUUUGAGGAAAAUAAACUGUGAUUUGGAAGGCCACCCAACUCCAAGGCUGCUUUUUGUGGAUGUGGCCACUGGUUCACUGGGACAGGGCCUAGGAGCUGCCUGUGGAAUGGCCUAUACAGGAAAAUAUUUUGAUAAAGCCAGUUACCGAGUGUAUUGCUUGUUGGGUGAUGGUGAAUCCUCGGAGGGCUCUGUAUGGGAAGCCCUGCAGUUUGGAUCUCAUUACCAACUGGACAAUCUGGUAGCCAUUUUUGAUGUCAACCGGCUGGGGCAGAGUGAAGCAGCACCAUUAAAGCAUGACAUUGAUGUCUAUCGCAAGCGUUGUGAAGCCUUUGGGUGGAACACCUAUGUCGUAGAUGGUCAUGAUGUUGAAGAACUGUGUUGGGCUCUGUGGCAAGCAAGUCAGCAGAAGGGGAAGCCUAUAGCUAUAGUGGCCAAAACAUUCAAAGGGCGAGGAAUCCCAGGUGUGGAAGAUGCUGACAACUGGCAUGGAAAGCCUAUGCCAAAGGACAAAGUGGAGUCUAUCAUCAACUCUAUUCAGAGCCAAAUUGAGACUAAUAAAGUCUUGCCUAUCCAACCACCUGCACAAGAUGUGCCAGAAGUCAAUUGCAUGAAUAUCAGGAUGCCCUCUCCACCUGCCUUCAAAAUUGGGGAAAAGGUGGCCACCCGAAAAGCCUAUGGUUUAGCACUGGCUAAGCUAGGAAAUGCUAACUCCCAUGUGAUAGCCUUGGAUGGUGACACUAAGAACUCUACUUUCACUGAGCUCUUCAAGCAGGCUCAUCCUGAACGCUAUAUAGAAUGUUUUAUUGCUGAGCAGAAC